UCUUCUUUUUUCCCGUCAUCGUUUUCCUUCGGCCGUCUCACCUCUCAGUCUCUCUCUCUCCGGCCCCGCCGCCGUGACUGUCGGAGCCCACCGCCGCCGUUCCGUAUUUCCGUUAAAUAAGAUAAAUUUGUGGCCUUAGACCCAAUUUCUCGAUCAAGCAUCACUCGUAGCCAUGGCGGGUUGGCAGAGGAAUUUGCAGUUGGUUCUUCGUCAAGUUGGGAAAAGAGUGGAGAACAGUUACAUUUCAACAGCGCAUUACUCGUCGUCUCGGCAUCUGGGAUCCUCUGUCUCGCAUGGUUACUUGCAGGGUCUUUCGAAAUCACAUUACACCUCCUCAAGGCCACUGUACCAGUAUCUACAGAACUUGGGAAUUUCUAGUUCAAGGAAAUUACUGGCCGAUGAAGCAGCUGUAUCAUCGCCUCUAUCUUCACCAGCUUUGUUGGGCAGUGGAAAAUCGGAGGAGCAGAAGGUUAUCGCUAAGCGUUCAAAAGUUCAGGCUGUCUUGAUGGGCAUAAAACAGAGUCCUAAGAAGGUCAACUUGGUUGCAGCAUUAGUUCGUGGCAUGCGUGUUGAAGAUGCUCUAAUGCAAUUAGAGGUCACAGUCAAACGGGCUGCCAAAACCGUGUAUCGGGUUAUUCACUCGGCCCGAGCAAAUGCCACUCAUAACCAUGGGCUAGAUCCUGACCGUCUUCUGGUUGCGGAAGCAUUUGUCGGGAAAGGAUUAUUCAAGAAGAGGAUAUCGUAUCACGGGAAGGGUAAAUGCGGGUUGAAAAUAAGACCCGAGUGUCGUCUAACGGUUAUAGUGAGGGAGACAACUCCAGAGGAAGAAGCCGAGAUAGCGAGGCUCAGAGUUCAUAACUUCAAGAAGCUGAGCAAACGAGAGAAACGGCUUGUGCCUCAUAAACUCAUUGAGACCACUCCCAUCUGGAACCGAAAAGCCAGCAAAUCUCAUCGGACGACAACGUCUGUGCCUUCAUGAAACAUUAAGUGAGAUUCAUUUUGUCUUCUGUUCCUCCCUUCCAAUGUGUUGCCACAGUAGAAACUAAGACCUACCUCUUUUCUGCACUUGAAAGAACAUAGCUAAAGCUCAUGUUUGUUAUGGUCGAAUACCCAAAGUUUGGUUGGUUUUAUUCGGUUUAGUGUUAACCAGAGCUCCUUUUAAGA